ACCUGUCGACCUGUCGCAUCAAUGGAAGUGUAUUACCCUCAAGAUUUUUUGAAGUGCGGUGUAUGUAAUAAGCAGUAUACAAAUCCAGAACAAUUGUCGUGUUUUCAUUCAUUUUGUGCAGCAUGUAUUAAUCAAUUAGAAGAUCAAGACAGUGGAGUGGUAAUCUGUCCUAAGUGUGAAUUUGAGGGACCGUCUCAAAAACAAUCGGAUGAAGUUAUAGGAGUACUUUUGGGAAUCUUGAAAGGCGAUGUAGAAUUGUGUGGAGAGCACCAUGACCAGCCAUAUACAUCAUUUUGUCAGAUAUGUGAAUGUGUUUUAUGUGACGAAUGCAGGACAGAUAAACACAAAGGGUGUUCGUCUGUUGUAACAGUUCAUGAUGACAAUAUUGAUGAAAUAGUAAAUUCUUUUGGAGCCGAAGUAGAAAAAGAACUGGCAAAAUCAACAAGGAAUGUCACUGAUUCAUAUACAAAAUUCUUAAAGCAACAGCAGCGUUUAUUCAAAGAAAAAUGCGGAAUUUCAACAACAAUUUCAGCUUUUUACUACAAUUUAAAAACGAAGAUAUUAGAAUAUCUAAUUGAACAGGAAAACAUGUUUCAAAACUAUGUGCGUAAACAUUAUUCUACAAUAGAACAAAAAUUGGAGAAAAAUAUCAAGCAAAGUGAAUGUAUUUCUCAAAGAUUCGCAAGUCAUGCUGAUCUGUUUAGCGUGAUAGAUAAAGCACCGUCAAACAUAUCCAAUCUGCAUUUAUAUGAAUCAGUGAAGAAAGAGGUGUCGAAGUCAAAAUCAGAAAUAACGAAGACCGAUAAAUGUGACACAGUAGAGUUUAUUCCCGAAGAAUCACAACUGAAAAAAGUAUUUGAUUUUCAACUGGCUAACUUAAGACUGGCAGGUGAAACUGUAAUAACAGAAUCUAAUAGAACAUCAAAUCUAUAUAAUAUAGACGAACUUCUGGUUUAUCCUGCGCUUCCCCUUAACACAGAACAUUCGACUUCGAACGAGACCACUGUAAACUAUUUAAAUACGAAUGAAGCUAGACCAUUGGAUUUGGACGAAAACCUGCCCACUGGCUCCUCCGAGUUACACGUCAGCGUCCCUCAACUGCCAACGAGUCAGCUAAUAGGACCACCAAUUCCUGAACCUUCUACCUCAAUUGAUACAUCUGUAGAUACGUAUGAAACAGAAACUGAAGAUACCGGUAAUAAUCCGUCCACUUUAUUCUGUGAAUCUGACAUUGCCACACCAGGACUGACGAGUCAGCCUACAGCACCACCGAUUCCAGACAAUAUCAAUCCAUACAGUUGUGAGGUAGUAGAUAAUAGGUAUAGUACGACAAAUCCCUCCAGAGGUUCAAUAGAAACAACUUGUGUCUAUGAGUAUGGUGACUUUGUACAACAGUUUAAAAGUCAGUUUGCAGAGGAACCGAAAUCAGGGUCGGCAGUUGGAAUGACCUGGGUUGGCGAUGACCGUAUACUGAUGGUAGAUAGAUGGAAUCACAAAUUAAAACUUUUCACUGAAAAGGGAGCUUUAGUUAGUACGACCGUAGUACCUGAGGGAGAACCAUGGGAUAUUGCAUAUAUAAAUAACACAAACCUCAGUAACAGACACAUGUGUGCAGUUACUCUACCUACGACAAAACGAAUUAUGUUCGUCCGCAUCAUUGACAAGAUAGAAGUUUCCAGAAGUAUAAUGACACGGUGUGGCUAUUGUUGCCUUGCCCAUGACAAGAACGGUCAUACGUUGGUUUGUGGUACUUGUCGGCCAUUUAUUAAUGUUCCUUCUAUCCACAUUAUUAACUCGCAAGGUAUUGUACAGAAAGAGUUUGCAUUAGAUGGAAUGGGAAAUCCUUUAUUUGAUUAUCCGAGGUCAGUUGAUGUAACAGAAGAUGGCGAAAUUAUCGUUUGUGAUUGGAAGAAAAAACGGCUACUUUUCAUGAAGACGGAUGGUUUCAUCUUGGGAGAUUACAGGGGUGCACUUGACUACCCGCUCAAAGAACCAAUUGGUACUACUCUAGAUGGACUGGGGAAUGUUCUGGUAACAGAUACAAAGGCAAAUAGAAUCCAGGCUAUCUCAGUCAAAGAUCGACAGUUUGUUACCGCCUUAAAACUAGACAAAGAUUUGUACCACCCACGAGAAAUAACGCUUGUAAAAAAAUCUAACUAUUAUCCUAAAAUAGCGGUAGCAACCGAUAUGAAUGUGGUCAUUUUCGAUUUAUGGAGCCCUGUCAGUCCCGAGGAACCAUCAGCCCCACCCAUCAAUCCUUCAGCACCACCCUCAACAGUGUUUUAAAUUGUAUAAAUUGAAUUAGUUGGUAUGAUUAUAAUGCGGUAUAUAUCAAGAGCAACAUUUUGAAAUUAUUGUUUUUCAUUUUUCCUUUUUUUUUCUGAAAAAAUGACUCAAUUUUCUUUGCUGUUUCAUUUUGAGACGGUCUGUUUUUUCUGUAUUUUACAAAUAAAUGGACUUAUUUUUUGGCAGUCAACAUUACUCUUUUACUCUGACAGUAGCAAUGGCAGACGACUCUGACAAUGGCAGACGAGAGACAGGAUUCCGCGAAAAUCUUGUUGAAUACCAUUCCGUUGUUAACUUUAUCAUCUGAAAUAAUUGGAGAAACACUCCUAUAUUACAUAUUAAUCUUUCUUUUUUCGUUUCUCUUUUACUUCCGUAAAGGAUAUGGGGGGUUGUAACUGGUCAACAAACACUAAUAUUAUGGUACAUGUAUAUGUUUAUAUUAUUUAUUAAUUUAUAUUCCAUAUUUGCUUUGUUUUUUUUUAUUCAGGUAUACAAUUUGUUUAUGUUGCUCAUUGUAACUAUUUUGCCCAUAAUAAGGUCUCUUUUGGAAAUAAAUGAUAUCUUUUCUAAAACUGUAUAAAUUUUUAAGUUGUAUUACGAAUGUUGUUUAUAGUGAAAAUGUUCAUAUUGAAUAAAACACAAAUUUAAAGUGA